AUGAAUCUCAAAAUGCCUGCAAUGAAGGAUGCUAGUAUUGUUAAAAUUGCAGUCGAAAUGACUGAUCAAGUACCACAACUAAUAGAAUUCAACCAAAAACAACCUCUGGCAGGUAUCAUUCAGGAGCUCUGCAAUGGAUGGAAUCUCACAGAACCAGAACAAUAUGCCCUCCAGUUCAAUGAAAGCAACAAUAAUAAUUAUAUUACAGAAAAAAACAGGAAUGAAAUUAAAAAUGGAUCUGUAUUACGUUUGCAGUAUUCACCUUCAAAAACAGCUCAAGAUAUACUAAACAAACUCAAUACAGGUACUGCAGAAGAAAAAGUGAAUGCCAUGAGCAAACUGUCCACCUUGAGCGCUGACAUGACAUUCGCCCUUGACUUCAUCAAUAAGCAAGGUUUGACCCUCAUAGUAAAGCAAAUUGAAACUGGGAAAUGUAAAGGUACUGCCCUGGCUCACACUUUAUCUUCUUUCGUGGAACUGAUGGAGCACGGCAUCGUUUCCUGGGACAUUUUGAAUGGGGAAUUCAUGUCUAGAGUUGCGAGUUUCGUGAACACGUCACAAGAAGCCCAAGUCACCCAAGCAGCUCUGUCAAUUCUAGAGAAUGUGGUCCUCAACAGUUCUGAAGGUUAUGGACAGGUGGAGCGCGAAGUGCCCAUCGGGUCGCUGGUGGCGCACUUGCAGGCCCCGCCGGUGGUGCAGCAGAACGCCGUCGCGCUCAUCAACGCGCUGCUGUCGCGAGCGGACACGGCGAAGAGGCGGGCGUUGGCUGCCACCCUCACGUCCAAACAGGUGCGCACCGUCGUCCAGAACAACAUCCUGCAAACGGGGGCAGCCAAAGGAGCAGAAAUGGCGCAUCAGCUUUACGUGUUGCAAACGCUGAUGCUGGGCCUGCUGGAGCAGAGAAUGAUGACCAAGAUGGAUCCGCAGGAUCAAGACGGACAUGACAAAAUAAAAGAACUGAGACGAAUAGCUUUCGACAAUGAAGGCACCGGCAGCAUGAGAGGCCCAGGCGGCUUCACUAGAGAUUACAAAAAACUCGGUUUCAAGAACGACAUCAAUCCGGCGCUGGACUUCACGGAAACGCCCCCCGGACUUCUGGCUCUGGACUGCAUGAUUUAUUUCGCCAGAAACCACCCGGAGAACUACACGAAACUCGUUUUGGAGAACAGCUGUCGGGCCGAUGAGCACGAAUGUCCUUUCGGUAGGGCCAGCGUGGAAUUGGUCAGGAUUUUAUGUGAAAUACUGAAGAUAGGAGAACCUCCAUCCGAGCAAUGCGUCACCUACCAGUCGUUGUUCUUCACGCACGACCACCCGUUCGAGGAGUGCUUCUGCAUCUGCAUCGUGCUGCUCAACAAGACCUGGAAGGAAAUGCGCGCCACCGCCGAAGACUUCCAGAAGGUGGCCAGUGUCGUACAGGAGCAGAUCGUCAGGGCAUUGGAUACGACGCCCGUGACCUUGGACCAGCUGAAGAGCAAGCUGCACACGCUGACGUACGGCGAGAUCACGCAGCUGUGGCAGCUGGAGAGGAACACGCGGGAGGAGUGGGAGUCGCACGCGAAGCCGGUGGUCGAGCUGCGAGAGAUGAUCACGCCGGACGUGCUGGCGCUGAUCAGGCAGCAGCGGCUGGCUUUCCUCGUGGAAGGUACCCGAUUCACCAAGUAUUCCGCUCGAGGGCAACGCAUCAAAGACAAGUUCUGGUACAUGCGUCUGUCGCCCAACCACAAGGUGCUCCACUACGGAGACUGCGACGAGAAGAGUGCCCCUACUACCGAAGAGCUGCCCUCGAAACUGUCGGUCUCGGACAUCAGGGCGCUGCUCGUGGGUAGAGACUGCCCGCACAUGAAAGGACGGAAGGCCUGCCAUCAACUGGCCUUCUCUCUCGCCCUCGAAGGCCUCGACCUGCAAUCCCUGAAUUGCGUGGCGCCCGACGAAUUAGCCCUCGCCUACUGGACCGACGGCAUCAACGCUUUGCUGGGCCACCGGAUGCAGAGCAAGGAAACCGACAAGGAUCUGGACACGCUGCUCAGCAUGGAGAUCAAGCUGCGGCUGCUGGACGCCGAGGGGAUCAGCAUCCCGCAGGACCCGCCGCCAGUGCCGCCCGAUCCGCCCCACUAUCAUUUCUGCUACGAUUUGAAGUAG